CAAUCAAUUCAGUUGUCUUCAAAACAGAAUUUUGUCCGGUCGCUUUUUCGCGUCUUCUGGUAGUGUUAAUUUUCGUCUCCUGAAGUUGUUCACUAAGGUGUUCGUACUAUGAUACUGUUCAGGGACAUGGUCAUUCUAUUGGCCUUGGCCCUAGUCGGUUUUCAAGUGCAAUUUUCUUUCGCAUUAGGACUGAACGAGCCAUGCGUCAACCCGAAGCAGCAGCCAGGAAGAUGCGUGUCCCUGGCGGAAUGUCCAUCGUUGGCAGCCAUUCUGAAGAAAAAUAGCACGGACGCGGCAAAUCGAACUUUCCUUCAGAAAAGUCAGUGUGGUGUUGGCUCGAAUGGAAAAGUUCUAGUAUGUUGUGCUAGAGCAGCAUCAAUUCCGGCUAGCAACACCCUUCCGGGGACCGACGAGUGCGGCUUGGACUUAGCCGACCGAAUUGUCGGUGGCCAGGAAACGGGAAUCGGUGAGUUCCCUUGGUUGGCCCUGUUGCAGUACCGGAAGCUGGCAGACGGAACUACUGGAUAUCACUGCGGCGGAACGCUGAUCAAUGUGCGCUACGUCUUGACGGCUGCCCAUUGCUUUCUCCCGGAGCUAUUUGAAGUAACAACCGUUCGACUAGGUGAGCACGAUAUCGAUAAUCACGGUCAGGACUGUAACAAGCUGGGCUGCGCCGAAGAUCCGGAGGAUUAUGGCGUCGAGAAAAUCAAAAUCCAUGAAAAAUAUCAGCCAAAUAGUAUCAACAAUCUGCAUGAUAUUGCUUUGAUCCGAGUAAAUCGGGACGUUGAGUACACCGAUUACAUCCAACCGAUAUGCCUGCCGGUGUCCAGUGCUGCCAAAAAUCUCGGCUUGACUGGGAAAAAGCUGACGGCGGCCGGCUGGGGACGUACUGAAACAAACAAUCCCAGUAGCGUAAAACUUAAAGUGAAACUGGAAGUUGAAAACUCUGACGAUUGUUUCGCAAUUUACGCUACUCAGAACGUCAUUCUCAAGGAAACUCAGCUCUGUGCCGGGGGUCUGGCCGGGAAAGAUACCUGCUCCGGUGAUUCCGGUGGACCAUUGAUGCAAAAAACAGGAGUCAACUACUUCCAAUACGGCAUCGUUAGCUUUGGCCCGAACAAGUGUGGCCUGGCGGGAGUUCCGGGAGUUUACACGAAUGUGCCGAAGUACGUUGAUUGGAUUCAGAAGAAUUUGGAAUUGAUCAUGCUCAAGGACGUGACCACUUUUGUGGCCUUUGCCCUUGCCGUACUUCAAGUGCAGCCUUCCUUAUCGUUAGGUCAGUACGACCCUUGCACUACCCCUCUGGGACGGUCCGGUAGCUGUGUGUCCCUAGCCGAAUGUCCACAGAUUGCGGCCAUUCUUAGAAAACCGGCCCCCACAGCUCAGGACAGGAAUUUCAUUCAACAAAGCCGGUGCGGGUCCAGUUUCGAUGGGAAACCCUUGGUUUGCUGCGGUGGCAUUUCAUCCGGCCCGGCCACCAACACCCUGCCGGGGACCAACGAGUGCGGCAUCGACCUGGCGGAUCGAAUCGUAGGGGGGCAGGAAACGGAACUGGAUGAGUUCCCCUGGUUGGCCCUGUUGCAGUACCGGAAGCUGAACGGAGCUACCGGAUAUCAUUGCGGCGGGUCACUGAUCAAUGUGCGCUACGUUUUGACCGCUGGCCAUUGCUUCAAUUCGCGACAGUUUGAGGUUAUUGCUGUACGACUUGGGGAGCACGAUGUCUCCAACAACGGCCAGGAUUGUAACAGAAUUGGUUGUGCCGAGUUGCCCCAGGAUUAUGGAGUCGAGAAGAUCAAGAUCCAUGAAAACUAUCGCCUCGAAAGUCGUGAUAAUCUGAACGAUAUCGCUCUGAUUCGACUGGAUCGUAACGUUCAGUUUACCGAUUUUAUUCAGCCGGUUUGCCUUCCGGUGUCCAGUGCUGCCAAGAAUCGCUAUUUGGUUGGGAAGAAGUUGACUGCAGCCGGAUGGGGACGCACUGAAACAAAAAAUCAUAGCAACGUGAAACUCAAAGUGAACCUGGAGGUGGCUGAUGCCCAAAGUUGUUCGGCCGUUUAUGCCAGCCAGGAGGUGAACCUCAGAGAUACUCAGUUCUGUGCCGGUGGCCUGGCCGGAAAGGAUACCUGCUCAGGGGACUCCGGUGGCCCGUUGAUGCAACGGUACGGUAUCAACUACUUCCUGUACGGUAUCGUUAGCUUUGGACCGAACAAGUGUGGCAUUCCGGGCGUUCCCGGAGUCUAUACAAAUGUACCGAAGUACAUCGAUUGGAUUCAGAAAAAUAUGGAAUAAAUGAAAACAUACAUCUUGGGAAGGAGUACUUCACCACUCUUA